AUGCUAAUUUCAAAAGACAGAGAGAGGCUGACUGAGGAUGAAGACGGCGCACUGAAAACGGGAUUUCAGGGCUCACUUUUAUUCCGCGCAAGCCAAGCCAAGCCAUUUCCCUGCCGGGCCAGAUCGUGCAAGACCAACUCGGAAGCAGAUGGCAUCGCAACUCCAUCGUGCCUCGUCUCCCGCGACAUGGCGCAUCGACACCAUGUCUAUAUAUAUGAUACAGUAUCCUUCCCAUUCUCUUUCGGCCAUAUAGAACCCGGCAACCCUCUCUCCCUUGCUUUCUUUUCUUCGGCCUUUUCCAACUCACCUCCCGGUCACUCGCCCUCUGAAAUACCCAAAAGCAAUCGGUCCAAACCGGAGCUUUACUCGGCACCUUUCCAACCCGACUUACGGCAGAUGCGGCGGCCGAGGCCCACCAUCCCAACCCCCUAG